AUGGCAAAAGAGGCCUUCAUUACAGUGGAACCCGUUAAGUUUGAUUUGGUUCUCCGAAUCCCUUUAUUGGACCAUGAAAAUCUUUGUUUCGAUCAUAAACCAAACGAAGAGGAUGAAUACUCCAGAAUUGAAGCAGCUGGAGGUAAAGCUGUAGAAUGGAAUGGAUAUCCUGUAUUGGACAUCCUUGCCAUGUUAAGAUCAAUUGGUAAUAACAGUUGUUCUUUUCACAACUCUGUAACUCGAUCCCCAUUAUGUUUUAAAACAGACAUCAUCGAUCGAUAUCUGGAACCAUGGAUUAUUCCUGAACCUGAAGUGACAUUUGUUUCUCGCAUGAAGGAAGAUGAAUGCCUAGUAUUGGCUAGUGAUGGCUUAUGGGACGUCAAUCCUAAUGAAGAAGCUUGUGACAUUGCUCGCAGACGUAUUUUGCAUUGGUAUAAAAAGAAUGGUUUGACAUCUUCAACUGGCUUCGUUUCUGAGUCCACGACCGCGGCUCUGCAGCCCAUGGCUUCUUCUGAUGAAAUUGCAUCAUGCGGUUUUAGAUCAGAUCUAGACCGCGAGGAGGUUGUUGGGUGCUCAGCCAAAUCGUUGGAGACCAAAUUUGCAGAAGCCUGUUCUGGCAUUGGUGCCUCGGAAGGCGAGGAUGAUGGUACGACUACGAGACCGGAGUCUCCUGAUGAAGUGAAACAGUUGAGUGUUAGUUCCGUGCCUUUUAGUAACGUGGCCGAGGAGGACGAUUCCCUGGCUGCUCAAAGUGACCAGGUAGCAGAAGACUCUUGCUCUCUCUCGGUCCUGAGUGAUAGUGGAAGCGUUUGUGGUGGGGGUGGUGAAGAGUCUGCUGAUGAUACUAGUCCUAGGUUGAACGAUCUUGAGGCCAUUCCCAAGGAUGCCGGAGCUUUGUCGGAAGUAUUUGACAAUCACGACAUUGCAAGGUCUCCUUUGGACAGUCGUCCGAACAUUUCAAACGCUGAAGAUGCUUUGACUGAUCGAACCACGCUGACCGACAUCCCUGCUGUUCCUAUUCACCGUGCUUCUUCUGAUCUAACUGGUUCAGUUCUUGGAGGCAAGCGUAGAUUUAGUCCUGACAUGGACUGCCAACCUCCCUGGGGAUGUGUUUCUAUCUGUGGAAGGCGACCAGAAAUGGAAGAUGCUCUUGCUGCUGUCCCAAGAUUUACAAAGCUUCCAGCCACGUUUCUAUGUGAUUCUCACUUGACCGGUGCCCAACCACAGAAUCCAGAAUCCUCUGCAUUGCAUUUCUUUGGAGUAUACGAUGGCCAUGGCGGUUGCCAGGUUGCCAAUUACUGUCGUGAUCGGAUCCAUGAGGCAUUGGUCGAAGAGCUACGGAGCUUUGAUGACGUUGGUCCUGAUGAAAACAGCUGGAAGAAAUGCUGGGAGAAAAUACUUACUAGUUGCUUUCUUAAGGUUGAUGCAGAAGUGGCGGGAACAACGGUCAAUGAAGAACCACUUCCUCCUGAUAGUGGCAAAGAGCCUAUUGCGCCCGAGACUGUAGGAUCUACUGCAGUCGUUGCUAUUCUGUCUUUCAACCAGAUAAUUGUGGCCAACUGUGGAGAUUCGAGGGCUGUACUUUGCCGUGGUAAAGAAGCCAUUCCACUUUCUGUCGAUCAUAAACCGAACAGAGAGGAUGAGUACUCCAGAAUCGAAGCAGCUGGAGGGAAAGUCAUUCAGUGGAAUGGAUAUCGUGUAUUUGGUGUCCUUGCCAUGUCAAGAUCAAUUGGUGAUCGGUAUCUGAAACCAUGGAUUAUUCCUGAACCUGAAGUGACAUUUGUUUCUCGCAUGAAGGAAGAUGAAUGCCUUGUAUUGGCUAGUGAUGGCUUAUGGGACGUCAUUCCUAAUGAAGAAGCUUGUGACAUUGCUCGCCGACGUAUUUUGCAUUGGUAUAAAAAGAAUGGUUUGACAUCUUCUAUUGAGAGGAGUCAAGGUAUAGAUCUUACAGCACAAUCAGCAGCGGAGCAUCUCUCUAAGCUUGCCCUUCAGCGGGGAACAAAAGAUAAUGUCACUGUUAUUGUCAUUGACCUAAAGGAAAGAAGGAAAUUCAGAAUAAAGACUUGAAACAUGCUGACAUAGGUCACUCCUUGAGUUCAAUUGUCAGAGAAAAAUGAUCAUAUAACCCAGGUUCAGUCCUUACAAUUGAUACGUACAUUUUUAAGCCCAUCCAGUUUUUUCAUUUGGGCAUGAUGGUUGUACGAAUGUGAUACUCUGUAAUAUAAUGACUAUGUUCAAAGUGGUAACCAUCCAAAAGGU